AGUACACGGUCAUUAAUGAGGCCUGCCCGGGAGCCGAGUGGAAUAUCAUGUGUCGGGAGUGCUGUGAAUACGAUCAGAUCGAAUGCGUCUGCCCUGGAAAGAAGGAGGUAGUGGGCUACACCAUCCCUUGCUGCAGGAACGAGGAGAAUGAGUGCGACUCCUGCCUCAUUCACCCAGGCUGUACCAUCUUUGAAAACUGCAAGGCCUGCCGGAACGGCUCGUGGGGGGGCACGCUGGACGACUUCUACGUGAAGGGCAUCUACUGCGCAGAGUGCCGGGCGGGCUGGUACGGAGGAGACUGCAUGCGAUGUGGCCAGGUUCUGCGAGCCUCAAAGGGUCAGAUUUUGUUGGAGAGCUACCCUCUAAAUGCUCACUGUGAAUGGACCAUUCAUGCCAAACCUGGGUUCAUCAUCCAGCUAAGGUUCAUCAUGUUGAGUCUGGAGUUCGACUACAUGUGCCAGUAUGACUAUGUUGAGGUCCGUGACGGGGACAGCAGCAAUGGCCGGAUCAUCAAACGCUUCUGUGGCAAUGAGCGGCCAGCUCCUAUCCGGAGCACAGACUCUUCGCUCCACAUCCUCUUCCAUUCAGAUGGCUCCAAGAAUUUUGAUGGCUUCCAUGCUGUAUUUGAGGAGAUCACAGCAUGUUCCUCUUCUCCCUGUUUCCAUGAUGGCACUUGCCUUCUUGACAAAACCGGAUCUUACAAAUGUGCCUGCCUGGCAGGCUACACCGGGCAGCACUGUGAAAAUCGGAGGGAAGCCAAGCAAAGCAGUGAAAAGGCAUCUGAGGACACUCUCUCAGUCCUUGAAGAAAGAAACUGCUCGGACCCUGGGGGCCCAGUCAAUGGGUACAAGAAGAUAGCAGGUGGCCCUGGGCUUAUCAACGGGCACUAUGCGAAAAUCGGCACUGUCGUGUCCUUCUUUUGUAAUAACUCCUACGUUCUUAGUGGCAACGAGAAGAGAACUUGCCAGCAGAAUGGAGAGUGGUCGGGGAAACAGCCAAUCUGCAUAAAAGCCUGCCGAGAACCAAAGAUCUCAGACCUGGUGAGACGCAAAGUUCUUCCAAUGCAGGUUCAGUCAAGGGAGACGCCGUUACACCAGCUCUACUCGGCGUCCUUCAGCAAGCAGAAACUGCAGGGCGCCCCCACCAAGAAGCCAGCCCUUCCCUUUGGAGAUCUGCCCCCCGGGUUCCAACACCUGCACACCCAGCUCCAGUACGAGUGUGUCUCACCCUUCUACCGUCGCCUGGGCAGCAGCCGCCGGACAUGCCUCAGGACCGGGAAGUGGAGUGGACGUGCCCCGUCCUGCAUCCCUAUCUGUGGGAAAACUGAGAACAUCGCCGCUCCAAAGACCCAGGGGAUGCGCUGGCCGUGGCAGGCGGCCAUCUACAGGAGGGCCAGCGGGGUGCACGGUGGCAGCCUGCACAAGGACGCGUGGUUCCUGGUCUGCAGCGGUGCCCUGGUGAAUGAGCGCACCGUGGUGGUGGCUGCCCACUGCGUAACUGACCUGGGGAGGGUCACCAUGAUCAAGACAGCAGACCUCAGAGUCGUCCUGGGGAAGUUCUACCGGGAUGAUGACCGAGAGGAGAAGACCAUCCAGAGCUUGCGGAUUUCUGCAGUCAUCCUGCAUCCCAACUACGACCCCAUCCUGCUGGACACGGACAUCGCCAUCCUGAAGCUCCUGGACAAGGCUCGUGUCAGCACCCGCGUCCAGCCCAUCUGCCUCGCCGCCCCGCGGGACCUCAGCACCUCCUUCCAGGAGUCCCGCAUCACCGUGGCCGGCUGGAACGUCCUGUCCGAUGCCAGAAGCCCGGGCUUCAAGAACGACACGCUGCGCUCAGGGGUGGUCAGGGUGGUGGACUCGCUGCUGUGUGAGGAGCAGCACGAGGACCACGGCAUCCCCGUGAGCAUCACGGACAACAUGUUCUGUGCCAGCCGGGACCCCGCUGCCCCUUCUGAUAUCUGCACGGCGGAGACGGGAGGCAUCGCGGCUGUGUCCUUUCCGGGACGGGCAUCCCCCGAGCCACGCUGGCAUCUGGUGGGGCUGGUCAGCUGGAGCUAUGACAAAACAUGCAGCCACGGCCUCUACACGGCCUUCAGCAAGGUACUGCCUUUUAAAGACUGGAUCGAGAGAAACAUGAAAUGAGCCUCGGCGCCACUGAGGUGCUUUUCGUGGGUCCAUCUCUACGUGUGUUGCCUGAGGCAGUGUGGACCUGAAGUUUGAUUCUGCCUGUGAAUUCGGCUGGGCCAGGGCUUCUGACUUCAAGAUCGAAACUCAGUGGAGAGUGAGUAGAGCUCACUUUUUGGUAGACCGCUGCCUUCCUGGCUGCUGAGACCAUUUGGAAGACACCACGGCUGCUUUGCAAGGACGGAGUCUCCUCCAAAAAGACUAUGCGAAUAGCAGAGAAGUGGUCCCCGUUCCACCAGCCCAGUGGCUUUGCCCACCUGCCCUAUGGUGGUGUGAAUGUCAUGGCCAGCUCUGGCGGAGACAGCAUUGGCCAAGAAGUCUGGGUUUCAUGAGGUCUCUUCCAAGACUCUUGCCAGACCACAUUCCAAAGAGCCGCCUGUGGGACAGCCCGGGACAACGGAGCUUGGAUGUGGCUCUGGCUUUUGUGUACAUUGCCACCGUAAAGUGUGGUCCUUCUCUUUCUCAAUCCCCUGUCCAUAUUUUAAUAAAACGAGGGUUGGCUUCUGACCUACAGAACCGCUGUGCUAUGGCUC